AUGAACCCGACGCCAGCGGGCGCACGACUCAACUUCGGACACAUAAGAAACCUUCCUUGAUAGGUUCUCCCCAAGAUGUCGAAUAGAGGAUACGAUGUUGUUGUCGACGUGGACGCCGAGGGUGAUUUAGGCCACACUGAUCUCCAGGAAGACCUUGAGUUCCAUUCGUCGAACUUUGAAGAUACAAACUCGCGCAACAAGAUCCCUCCAGACAAUUCGGCCUUCCGGAGCAAUUCUAACGCUCGCGGUUCCACCGGGUCCUCCAAAAAGUUCCUGUGGUCGAUAUCCUUCUACGCGCAAUUCUUUGACGUUGACACAAACGAAGUGCUGAAAAGAUGCUGGGCCGCGCUGUAUCCGCGCUCCAAUUUCCUCGACGUGCUUGAGGGAAACCCUGAUCUGUACGGGCCCUUUUGGAUAGCCACAACUGUCGUGUUCAUCCUCUUCAUGACAGGCACGAUAAGCUGGAAGCUUGCGAGUACAGGACAAGAUCAUUAUAGCUAUGACUUCAGUCUACUGAGUGGCGCGGCCGGCCUGAUAUAUGGCUAUACGGCUAUCAUACCUGUCGGCUUGUGGGCUACGCUCAAGUGGUUCGGAAGUGAAAGCGCGAACCUGAUGGAGUGCUGGGCUCUAUACGGAUAUGCAAACCUGAUCUGGAUUCCUGUGUCUUUGAUUUCCUGGAGUCCCAUAUCAAUAUUGAAUUUUAUAUUCGUUGGAAUCGGGUUUGGAAUCUCAGCAACUUUCCUCUUCCGCAACCUGUACCCGAUCCUCAGCGCAACUGACGUCAGAACGUCUAAGAUUCUUCUUGUCAUUGUCGUCGCUUUGCACGCGGGACUUGCAAUUGCGAUCAAGAUUCUGUUCUUUGCACAUGGAAGUCCAGCAAAGAAAGAUGGAAGGUCGGGAACUCCUGCAGGUGGUGAUGCGUCCGCUGAGGGCCAGUCUGCGAGACUGCUAUUCGGCUUCUAAGGACGUGUAUGAGCUAGAGCUGCUUUAGAUACCAUAUUUGAAUCGAUCGUUUGCAAAAUAUUCGGAGUGCUGUUUUUUGCUGGCUUUCAUCAUCUACUGGGCUUUGUUUUGAUUGUAGACUCAAGAAGGUGUAUUCUAAGAUCCUUCCAGGCCCUCAACAUGCGGUCCUCACCAAAAGCAAUAAAGAUAAAACUUUACUAGGCCAUUGUUUAGGCUCUGCUG